AUGCGAGUCGCAACACCAACAGAACCGGGCGCUCGCCCGACGUCGCUGCUGGGCGGGAGCGACAGUUUUUUGCAACUCUUCCCUGAAGCGGUUGCAUUGCCUGUUACUCCUAGAAUCCUCCAACAUAGGCGAAGUGGAGGCUUUGGGGGUCUCAGCUUCAGUGUGGCGGCAGUCUCAACCAUCGCUGCAGUUGCAACAGCGUACUUGUUGCUCCGAUGCGCUUUCUAUUUGGCGGACGCGAGAAGGAGCAGAGCAGCACAGAGGCUUCUGGCAGGUGCAAAGAGGAAGAAGAAUAAAGAGCCGGGAGAGCCUUGCAGUGUUCCGGUGGAGGAUUCCGCUCCGGCAGCUCCUGCUGCUUCUGGUGACGGGGAAGAAGCUCUUGUUGAACGGGAUCUGUUGAGGCGGGCUAGGCUCUAUGCCGUUGGACUGAGACGACUUGUAAGUUCUAGCGAAUGUCUGUUGCGGAAGCUGAACGCUGACCUGAGAGCCAAGUGUGUAGCAUUGUUUUCGUCUCUGUCCUUGGUGGAGUUUUCCUCUUUGUUGUCUUUGUUGGAAAGAAGAGAUAGGGCCGGCAUGCACGAGGACGUAUCUGAAAUUACCUCCCGGUUGUGGGCAAUCCGCGAGAGCAUAGGCAGGAGAGUAAUUUCCCUCCCGCGCCAUCGGCAUAUCAAAUGUCUCCACUUGCUACUCCGCACGCUCACAGAGGUCCCACCCGUCACAAUGGCCAUCGCAGAGAAACAGCGGCUGCUGAGAAUCCACCAGCUGCUUCAGCUGCAAGAGAUGGCCUUGGGGCAGCUUAAUGUCGGUCUCGUCUGGCUGCGCACGUCUCUGGAAAGCACUAAGACAAGGGGUAACGCCAAAGCACCUGCUGGAGGUGCAGAAACUGGUGCUGCACUUGCUGCUGCAGAUGCUAGGAUUGCGGAGGCUGUUGAGGCCAUGGGAGUAACCGUGCGCAAACGCAGGGAACAAGUUCUUGUAGACCCGUUGCUCAGCAGUUGGCUGAGGUCGACGCAUGGAAGGAACCUUCACUAUGGCCUUAUCAGCCGCUCACGUCUCCAGGAAAUAACCAUAAGACCCCUUCAAACCCAUCGCGAGCUUUUAGAAGACCUGCAGGCCAGCCCGCUGGGAUCGGGAAACGAGCCCUGGGGGCACAUCCGCGUCGAGGACUCCGACGCGCCGCAGGCAGCCGUAUCUGCCCCCGGGUCACCCUGCCGAGGAGAUCAAGUGCCUCCUCCUGAGGGACCAGCUGGUGCUCCCCUCCCUCAGCGGCGGCUGAAGCAUGGUUCCCAAGGUUCAAGAAAAAAAGUCGGCUCCACGCCAGCCACUGCAGUUUCCUCGUUACCCAGCACAUCCACUUCUGCUGUUGUUGGUGCUAACACUGCAGAGAAAAAUCACGCGGCUUUUCAGGGUUCCAGUCGCCCUACACCAGUGGCCCUCUUGGAUGCGUCUAAUAUCUUUUCACAUGUAUCGCCGCCUGCCUCUGCAAGCGGUCCCCAAGUUGCCUCAUUGCCUGCUGCGCCCCAACAGGCUUCUGUCCCUUCCGCUCGCAACCGUCCUCUGGAAGCCACAUGGGAGCAUCAGGGCCCCGUUUUGGGGGUCCUUUGCUACCCCACGAGCGGCCCCAUACAGCUCCUGGCCCUUCUACUUCCAGUUUCGGGGCCGCAAAAGCCCCGCUGUCGCAGGCCAGAGGGACAUACGGAAGCGCUCUUCAAGGGGCAGCGCAAUUUGCGUCGGCGUCUUCGGGCGCAUCUGCCUCUCAGCGUCUUCCCGCCUCCACCUUAA